AUGAAAAAAGUUGAAAACGUAAAUUGUGAACCCGAGGAGAAACCAAGUGAGCGCGAAAAGAGUUCCAAUAAUGAAAAUAAAAUAAACCACUUUAAUGAAAAAGAUGAAGAGAAUACUUUAUCUAGGAUGCAACAUGACGCUAGUGUGUCAAUAAAUGAGACUAAUGCAUCGACAAAUGAGACUAAUGCAUCGACAAAUGAGACUAAUGCAUCGACAAAUGAGACUAAUGCAUCGACAAAUGAGACUAAUGCAUCGAUAAAUGAGACUAAUGCAUCGAUAAAUGAGACCAAUGCAUCGAUAAAUGAGGCUAAUGCAUCGAUAAAUGAGACUAGUGAACAUAGCAUACAAGGAGAAGAAACUACUAUUACCACCAUUAGUAAGAAUCAGAAUGUAUCACACGAGGUCAUCACCGACCAGGGUCGUCUAACAACAGGCAAAUCGCACACCGAUAGCCAUUCUAAUGGUAAAUCAUUUAACGAAGAUGUUGAAGAUAAAAUAAUCAGGAAAUAUCUGAGUAAGCAAAUGAGCGAUAUAGGUUUAAAUCUCAUCAAAGAGAGUGGAGACAGUGAAGAAACAAAAGAAAGUAAAAAAAGAAGAAACGAUGGAGAUGCAAAUGGAAUCCACAAACUUCCACCCGAACGUUCGUCCAAAUUUGCACAUGAACAUGUUAACAUUAUCACUGACAGUAGCAGCAGCGAUGAUGAUGUUUCAAUAUUGAAAAAGCUCAACCUUGCAAAGGUAAAAAUAGGAGAAAAAAAAAAGCCAAAUAUGGGAACGUCGGAUGUAGGAGGUACAAUUUUAAAGAUAAAGAAAACAAAUGAAGGUACAGAAAAAAUAAAAAGCAUAAAGCGUUCAAGAUUCAGUGACGAUAUAAAAUGUGCAAAUAAAAAAAAGAAUGAAAAUACAGAAACAGAUGUAAGCAGCGAUGACGAAUACUUAAUAAGUUUAAUUAACAAUAACAGUAGUAGUGAUAAAUUAUGUGAUGUAAAAAGAUGCGAAAGUGUAAAAAGGAACAGUACACAUCUAUUAAAUGGGAAUGUUUUAAAAAAAAAAAGACUAAGUGAUGCAGCAGAUGAAGAACAUACCCCUUCCGGAGAAGAACGUAGCAUAUCCAGCUUGGAUUCGGAUGCACCACUCCUUGUUAAAAGUAAAUUAAAAAAUAAAGUGAAUGCAUAUUCGCGAGACACAGGCAAUAAAAACAGAAAUAGUAGCAAUACUUGUAGUACCAGCAAUAGUGGAAAUAGUGGCAGUGCCAGCAGCGGGAACCUGAAGCAAGGCGUCCAUCAUAGCAGUGAAAGCAAAAAAAUGAAUAUUCCGAAAAAAAAUAGUGUAGUGGCUCAAGUAGCCAAAAGUAAUGUAAAUGAAAAGAAAAGGAUUGCAAGUGAAAACAGGAAAUCCUUAAAGAAGAAAAAAAAAAAAAAGAUAAAAGUAAAAAGGGCAAAAAUAAGGAAAAAAAUAAGGAAAAAAAUAAGGAAAAAAAUAAGGAAAAAAAUAAGGAAAAAAACGAGAGAAAAAGUACCACGGGUUUGCAGAAAGUUGCCCGCAAGAGCACCUCCACGGAGGUACGCCUAA